GCACAGACACAUGCAUGUAGAUAUGUUGUAGUGGUGGAGUAGGGGCCUGAGGGCACACGGUGUGUUGUGAAAUCUGUGAAUGCAUUGUAAUGUUUUUAAAAUGGUAUAAACUGCAUCCCAGGAAGAGUAGCUGGGAUCCAUAAAGACAAAUACAAAUCAUUUACUUUCUUUGAACGGUACUUGGUUACAUAUACCUCUGUUCACAGGGAUGGCCUCAGAAGACCCACAACUAUGGCCUGAAGAAGAGGGGCAGAUUUGGCCAUACUCAGGACAUGCUGAAGGAACGAUUGCGCCCGUCGGGAGGUGUCUAUCCAGAGACUUUGCUUACAGGGAAUGGAACAGAGUUGGUCUGGAACCGGCCUCGUUGCGGCGUUCCAGACUAUCCUACUCAGAAGCAAGGUGGUGUCUCGGACUACCACAUGCGGAAGGGGGAAACCUUUGGAGGAAAGCAGCGUCAGAAGCGAUUCGUUCUCUUUGGGGGGCGCUGGGACAAGACUGACCUCAACUACAAGAUUAUGCGCUUCCCUUGGCAACUGAGUAAGGAGAAAGUGCGUCGAAUCCUACAGGAGGCGCUGCUUGUGUGGAGUGACGUCACGCCCCUGAAGUUCACCGAGGUCAGCAGUGGGAGAGCUGAUAUCAUCAUCGACUUCACCAGGUACUGGCAUGGUGACAACCUGCCCUUUGAUGGUCCUGGAGGCAUUCUGGCUCAUGCCUUUUUUCCCAGAACUCACCGGGCAGGCGACAUCCACUUUGACUAUGACGAGAGUUGGACUGUGGGCAACAGCAUGGGCACGGACCUCUUGCAGGUGGCGGCCCAUGAGUUUGGCCACGUUCUCGGCCUCCAGCACUCCCUGGUCGACCGAGCCGUCAUGUCUCCCUUCUACAGCUUCUCAUACCCGUUGGAGCUGAGUGACGAUGACAAGCAGGGCAUCCAAUACCUGUACGGCCCACCGCGGAAAGCCACGCCUGUCAUCACAGAGACCAAUGAGAUCGAAACCACUGUGCCGGACCCCUGCAGGACUAACUUUGAUGCAGUGUCCAUGAUCAGAGGUGAGCUGUUCUUCUUCAAGUCCUGCUAUGUGUGGCGUAUCCGCGACGGCCGACUGCAGGCGGGGUACCCGGCGCUAGCAACGCGCCACUGGAGGGGGAUCCCCAAUAACAUCGAUGCAGCCUACGAAGACAAGACUGGAAACAGCUGGUUCUUCCAGGGUGACAGUUACUGGGUGUUUGACGCAGAGAGGAAGAUCACAGGCCCGGACUCGUUGAGUCGGCUGGGCCUCCAUGUGUCGGACAUCCAGGCAGCCCUCAUGUGGGGCGAGGACAAGGCCCAGAAGACUUACCUCUUCAAGUCGGGCACCUACUGGCGCUUCAGCCCCCUGGAGAACCGGGUAGAUACAGCCCACCCACGCAGCAUGCAGGAUUGGGGGGGCAUCCCCAUGGACAUCGACGCUGCCUUCCAGGACCAAUAUGGAUAUGCUCAUUUCCUGAGUGGGAUGCAGUAUUGGAAGUUUGACCCGGUGGAGGUGACGGUUUUGGAAGGAUACCCACGCUAUAUCGGCAUGGACUUCUUUGGCUGCCCGCUUCCUAUUAUCGAUAAAGCCCAGGAAGAGUCCAUAUCGCCCGAAGAGGUGAAUGGAAUAUCACGGCCAAAUUAAUUUGUUUGCUCUUAAGACUGAUGUCAUUACAAUGGGACUUUAGACUGAUAUAAUUGCGUAACAUCAGCAGGUUGAAUGCAGCUGUUAGUCAAUCAGAGGUGAGGACUUGGUUGAAACUUUCAUUAUGAACCCAGUCUGAGGUCCGUGGCUGUCUGAAGACCACUAGAAAUUGAGGUCAUAUUUCAACAGAUGAAUUGGGUAUAUUUCGUUCUAUCAUCAUCCACAAUAUGAUAUUUUCUGGUGUAAAAUCAAUGCACAGGCUUUCAGAGAUACGUUAAAGAGCACACGGCCAGCUCUGCUGAAUAUAUAUAUAUAUUUCCACUUGAUGUAUAGCCUUGAUUCUUAUUUAUUGUUGUUCAUUUGUUGUCAAACGUUGUUUUAUCUACAGAUGAGUCUCAAUAAUAUUCCUGUGCAGUCCCGCUUUCUUUCAUGCCAUUGUUUAUCAGGUGUAGCAGUGUAAACCUAUUUGACAGGGACCCACAUUUUCUCUCCAGACUCAUUGGGCUUUCUAUUUCACACACAGUUGCUCAAACAGACUCAACGAGGAAGGUCAAUUUGUACCUCAAAAACAUUGCUUUGCCUUUAACAGUUAAAGGUUACAUUACACUCCAAAAUCAAAGUUUGUCAGAUGUUUUGAUACCUUAAAAGUAGUGUCCUAGGUCGUUGAUUUCAACAGAACAUCUGUUUUGUACAUCCCGCUAUACGCCACAAUCCAAAACGAAUGGAAAAGAUAAGCACCAUUCAAUUUACUGUGCUUACCUUACCUAACCUAACUAGGCAAGUCAGUUAAGAACACAUUCUUAUUUACAACGACGGCCUACCCCGGACGACGCUGGGCCAAUUGUGCACUUCCCUAUGGCACUCCCCAUCACGGCCGGAUGUGAUUCAGCUUGGAUUCGAACCAGGGAUGCCUCUUGCACUGAGAUGCAGUGCCUUAAACAACUGUGCCACUCUGGAGCCGAUAUAGCUAGAGGGUUGUGAAUUCAUCCUGACUUUAGACAAACUUUGAGGCCUGAAGAGAUGACAAAGUUUAUUUUCGAGUGUAAUGUCCCUUUAACACAACAUUGAUAUGAUGAUUUUACAGUGGUGGAAGCCAAGCAUUGCAUAUCAACAGUGAUACCUCAUCAGGUAAAAUGUCCUUCAUGUUCUUCUCUGACUACUCCAAGAUGAUGCUGUAAACUUUAUUCAUGUUGUAGCCAUUUGUCAUGCAGCUAGCGUCAAUGAGAAAGCCAUUGGUGUUGCAGUGUAUCAGUGCAGGCCACUGAUACCAUUUCCUCACUUUUUUAUACAUUGUGAUCAAUCAAUCAACCAUAUUUAUUUAUAAAGCCCUUCUUACAUCAGCUGAUGUCAGAAAGUGCUGUACAGAAACCCAGCCUAAAACCCCAAGCAGCAAGCAAUGCAGGUAUAGAAGCACGGUGGCUAGGAAAAACUCCCUAGAAAAGCCGGAACCUAGGAAGAAACUUAGAGAGGAACCAGGCUAUGAGGGUGGCCAGUCCUCUUCUGGCUGUGCCGGGUGGAGGUUAUAAAAGAACAUGGCCAAGAUGUUCAUAAAUGACCAGCAGGGUCAAAUAAUAAUAAUCACAGUGGUUGUCGAGGGUACAACAGCACCUCAGGAGGAAAUGUCAGUUGGCUUUUUAUAGCCGAUCAUUCAGAGUAUCUCCACCUCUCCUGCUGUCUCUAGAGAGUUGAAAACAGCAGGUCUGGGACAAGGUAGCAAGUCCGGUGAACAGGUCAGGGUUCCAUAGCCGCAGGCAGAACAGUUGAAACUGGAGCAGCAGCACGACCAGGUAGACUGGGGACAGCAAGGAGUAAUCAGGCCAGGUAGUCCUGAGGCAUGGUCCUAGGGCUCAGGUCCUCAGAGAGAGAAAAAGAGAGCAAGAGAGAGAAUUAGAGAGAGCAUACAGGACACUGGAAAAGACAGGAGAAAUACUCCAAAUAUAUUAGACUGACCCUAGCCCCCAGACACAAACUAUUGCAGCAUAAAUAAUGGAGGCCGAGACAGGAGGGGUCGGGAGACACUUGUGGCCCUGUCCGACGAUACCCCCGGACAGGGCCAAACAGGCAGGAUAUAACCCCACCCACUUUGCCAAAGCACAGCCCCCACACCACUAGAGGGAUAUCUUCAACCACCAACUUACCAUUCUGAGACAAGGCUGAGUAUAGCCCACGAAGAUUUCCCCCACGGCAUAACCCAAGGGUGGUGCCAACCCGGACAGGAAGAUCACGUCAGUGACUCAACCCACUCAAGAGGCACACCCCUCCUAGGGAUGGCAUGGAAGAGCACCAGUAAGCCAGUGACUCAGCCCCUGUAAUAGGGUUUGAGGCAGAGAUUCCCAGUGGAGCGAGGGACAGCAAGGGCAGUUCGUUGCUCCAGUGCCUUUCCGUUCACCUUCACAAUCCUUCACACUCCUACACUCAAUCAUAGUACCUACUAAAGAGAUGAGUCUUCAAUAAAGACUUAAAGGUCGAGACCGAGUCUGCGUCUCUCACAUGGAUAGGCAGACCAUUCCAUAAAAAUGGAGCUCUAUAGGAGAAAGCCCUGCCUCCAGCUGUUUGCUUUGAAAUUAUAGGAAUACUAGGGAGGCCUGCGUUUUGUGACCGUAGCGUACGUGUAGGUAUGUAUGGCAGGACCAAAUCGGAAAGAUAGGUAUGAGCAAGCCCAUGUAAUGCUUUGUAGGUUAGCAGUAAAACCUUGAAAUCAGCUCUAGGCUUAACAGGAAGCCAGUGUGGAGAGGCUAGCACGGGAGUAAUAUGAUCAUUCUUUGGUUCUAGUCAAGAUUCUAGCAGCCGUGCUUAGCACUAACUGAAGUUUAUUUAGUUCUUUAUCCGGGUAGCCGGAAAGUAGAGCAUUGCAGUAGUCUAACCUAGAAGUGACAACAGCAUGGAUUCAUUUUUCUGCCACAUUUUUGACUGAAAGUUUCUGAUUUUUGCAAUGUUACGUAGAUGGAAAAAAGCUGGCCUUGAAACAGUCUUGAUAUGUUCGUCAAAAGAGAGAUCAGGGUCUAGAGUAACGCCAAGGUCCUUCAGAGUUUUAAUUGAGACGACUGUACAACUAUCAAGAUUAAUUGUCAGAUUCAACAGAAGAUCUCUUUGUUUCUUGGGACCUAGAACAAGCAUCUCUGUUUUGUCUGAGUUUAAAAGUAGAACAUUUGCCGCCUUCCACUUCCUUAUGUCUGAAACAUAGGCUUCCAGGGAGGGCAAUUUUGGGGCUUCACCAUGUUUCAUCGAAAUGUACAGCUGUGUGUCGUCCUCGUAGCAGUGAAAAUUAACAUUAUGUUUCCGAAUGACAUCACCAAGAGGUAAAAUAUAUAGUGAAAACUAUAGUGGUCCUAAAACGGAGCCUUGAGGAACACCGACAUUUUCAGUUGAUUUGUCAGAGAACAAACCAUCCACAGAGACAAACUGAUAUCUUUCCGACAGAUAAGAUCUAAACCAGGCCAGAACUUGUCCGUGUAGACCAAUUUGGGUUUCCAAUCUCUGCAAAAGAAUGUGGUGAUCGAUGGUAUCAAAAGCAGCACUAAGGUCUAGGAGCACGAGGACAGAUGCAAAGCCUCGGUCUGACACCAUUAAAAGGUAAUUUACCACCUUCACGAGUGCAGUCUCAGUGCAAUGAUGGGGUCUAAAACCAGACUGAAGCGUUUCGUAUACAUUGUUUGUCUUCAGGAAGGCAGUGAGUUGCUGAGCAACAGCUUUUUCAAAAAAUUUUGAGAGGAAUGGGAGAUUCAAUACAGGCCGAUCGUAUUUUCUGGGUCACGGUUUGGCAUUUUCAAGAGAGGCUUUAUUAUUGCCACUUUUAGUGAGUUUGGUACACAUCCGGUGGAUAGAGAGCCAUUUAUUAUGUUCAACAUAGGAGGGCCAAGCACAGGAAGCAGCUCUUUCAGUAGUUUAGUUGGAAUAAGGUCCAUUAUGCAGCUUGAAGGUUUAGAGGCCAUGAUUAUUUUCAUCAAUGUGUCAAGAGAUAUAGUACUAAAACACUUAAGUGUCUCUCUUUAUCCUAGGUCCUGGUAGUGUUGUGCAGACUCAGGACAACUGCGCUUUGGAGGAAUACGCAGAUUUAAAGAGGAGUCCGUAAUUUGCUUACUAAUGAUCAUGAUCUUUUUGUCAAAUAAGUUCAUGAGUUUAUCACUGCUGAAGUGAAAGCCAUCCUCUCUUGGGGAAUGCUGCUUUUUAUUUAACCUCGUGACAGUAUCAAAUAUAAACUUUGGAAUGUUCUUAUUUUCCACAAUUAAGUUGGAAAAAUAGGAUGAUCGAGCAGCAGUGAGGGCUCUUCGAUACUGCGCAGGACUGUCUUUCCAAGCUUGUCGGAAGACUUCCAGUUUGGUGGAGCACCAUUUCUAUUCCAAUUUUCUGGAAGCUUGCUUCAGAGCUCAGGUAUUUUCUGUAUACCAGGGAGCUAGUUUCUUAUUACAAAUGUUUUUAGGGGUGCAACUGCAUCUACGGUAUUACGCAAGCUUAAAUUGAGUUCCUCAGUUAGGUGGUUAACUGAUAUUUGUACUCUGACGUCCUUGGGUAGGUGGAGAGAGUUCUGGAAGGGCAUCUAGGAAUCUCUGGGUUGUCUGAGAUUUUAUAGCACGGCUUUUGAUGAUCCUUGGUUGGGGUCUGAGCAGAUUAUUUGUUGCGAUUGCAAACUUAAUAAAAUGGUGGUCGAUAGUCCAGGAAUAUGAGGAAAAACAUUAAGAUCAACAACAUUUAUUCCAUGGGACAAAACUAGAUCCAGAGUAUGGCUGUGGCAGUGAGUAGGUCCGGAGACAUGUUGGACAAAACCUACUGAGUCGAUGAUGGCUCCGAAAGCCUUUUGGAGUGGGUCUGUGGACUUUUCCAUGUGAAUAUUAAAGUCACCAAAAAAUAUAAUAUUAUCUGCCAUGACUACAAGGUCCGAUAGGAAUUCAGGGAACUCAGGAAGAUGGUAUAUGGCCCAGGAGGCCUAUAAACAGUAGCUAUAAAAAAGUGAUUGAGUAGGCUGCAUAGAUUUCAUGAAUAGAAGCUCAAAAGACCAAAAAGCUGUCGUUUUUUGUAAAUUGAAAUGUGCUAUUGUGAAUGUUUGCAACACCUCCGCCUUUGCGGGAUGCGUGGGGGAAAUGGUCACUAGUGUAACCAGGAGGUGAGGCCUCAUUUAACACAGUAAAUUCAUCAGGCUUAAGCCAUGUUUCAGUCAGGCCAAUCACAUCAAGAUUAUGAUCAGUGAUUAGUUCAUUGACUAUAACUGCCUUGGAAGUGAGGGAUCUAACAUUAAGUAGCCCUAUUUUGAGAUGUGAGAUAUCACAAUCUCUUUCAAUAAUGACAGGAAUGGAGGAGGUCUUUAUUCCAGUGAGAUUGCUAAGGCAAACACCGCCAUGUUUAGUUUUGCCCAACCUAGAUCGAGGCACAGUCACGGUCUCAGUGGGGAUAGCUGAGCUGACUACACUGACUGUGCUAGUGGCAGACUCCACUAAACUGGCAGGCUGGCUAACAGCCUGCUGCCUGGCCUGCACCCUAUCUCAUUGUGGAGCUAGGGGAGUUAGAGCCCUGUCUAUGUUCGUAAAUACACCCAGGCUUGGUCCUGUUUGUAGGUGAGUCCCAGAAAGAGGGCCAAUUAUCUACAAAUUCUUUUGGGAGGGGCAGAAAACAGUUUUCAACCAGCGAUUGAGUUGUGAGACUCUGCUGUAGAGCUCAUCACUCCCCCUAACUGGGAGGGGGCCAGAGACAAUUACUCGAUGCCGACACAUCUUUCUAGCUGAUUUACAGGCUGAAGCUAUGUUGCGCUUGGUGACCUCUGACUAUUUCAUCCUAACAUCGUUGGUGCCGACGUGGAUACCAAUAUCCCUAUACUCUCUACACUCGCCAGUUUUAGCCUUAGACAGCACUAUCUUCAGAUUAGCCUUAACGUCGAUAGCCCUGCCACCUGGUAAACUGGAUGAUUCGUUUCAAGUCUAAUACUGCGGGUAAUGGAGUCGCCAAUGACUAGGGUUUUCAAUUUGUUAGAGCUAAUGGUGGGAGGCUUCGGCGUCUCAGACCCCGUAACGGAAGGAGGAGAUGACUCCAACCCAUUACUUAAUGGGGAGAACCGGUUGAAGUUCCUGUCGGCUGAAUAAGCGACACCGGUUGAGCAUUCCUACAGCAUUUCCCUCCAGAAGCCAUGAGAAAAUUGUCAGGCUACGGGGACUGUGCGAGGGGAUUUAUACUACUAUCUGCUAUCCUCGCCGUAAGGCGAUCGUUCUCCUGUAUAUUAUGAGUACAGUGACUGCAAUUAGAAGGCAUAAUGUUAAUGGUACUACUUAGCUUCGGCUGGUGGAGGUCCUGACGAACCACGUCCAGAUAAAUCGUCUGGGGUGAAAAAGUUGAAUGAAAAAAGUAGAGCGAGGGAAAAAAUGUAACUAUAAAACGGUCAUUUAAAAAGUAAAAAACAUACAUUUGGCAAGUAGCAACAAACCGCACAGCAGCACGUAAACAAGUCUACAAGCUGUGACCGGAUUUGUCAUUGAUUGCAUGAUAACUAUUUCACAUAGCUGAGGUGAAAGAGCCCUUACUUGCACUGGUUGUUUUUGGCUGCAGAGCAUUGUCUGUUGAAAUGUCUCCCAAACACAGUAUUUUAACCAUGUGUAUGUAAGUAUCCCAGGUAUCCAUCUAACCAUCCAACUUUCCUUUUUCUACUUGAAUAUAUUUUUACGAUGUAAAUAAUUUUGUAUAAAUGCUGUAUAAUACUUUGAUACCA